AUUUCCAACAUGGCGACGGCCAGUCCACUUCCGUGACAAUCUACGAGUGAAAACAGGAAUAUGUCGGAGAGAAAGUUCCGCCAAGGCCUCACCAAGGUUGGGGAGGCGGCUAAAAUUAGGGAGAGCGUCGCCCAACAGAUGAAAGAGAGUAUAAUCCAGCAACGCCCAAAGACAGUUGCUCCUGUUGAUUAUGAAAACUAUGUGACGAAGAACAAAUCCAUUCUCCACAAUGAUCCACAGAGAGAAAUGCUUACAUUCCCCCAUGACGAUGUUGUCAUUCCACCUCCCACCCCUGCCAAAAGGAUGCGAACAGUCCAGAGUUCGGUGCCAGUGUCUGCCUCACAGGAAGCCACCAGCCUGUUGGUCUGUGAGGCUAUUAAGUCCUACACGGACAGCUGUCACAUGGUCAAAUACAAAUACAGCAAGUACUCUGGCUCCUACCAACAGUUACCAUGUGUGAAGAAACCAGAUCCAUUACCUAAACAUGUGUUUGAAAUAGAUGCGGAGGAAGAAGAAAAGGAAGAUGACAUGUCUAAUCGAAGCUCCAUGGCAACUACGAUUGCCAAGGAAGGAUGGUUAUUCAAGGGGCCAGAUGGAGGAAAAGAGAACAUCAUCAGCUUCACAAGGCAAUUUAAACGACGUUUCUUUGCCCUCAAACAAGAAUCAGAUUUUUCCUAUGUGAUGAACAUCUACAAAGAUGACCGCAAGCUGGACACUAAGGGAGCCAUAUUUCUGGACCUAGCAACAGAGGCAUGCAAGAACCCCAAGAAGGGCAAGUACUGUUUCGAGUUGAAGAUGCAGGAGAAAGCUUCCUACUCAUUCGCAGCUGAAAAUGACACUGAAUGUAAUGCAUGGAUACAGACCCUCAACAAGGUCAUCAAUGCUGCAGAGACAGCCUCCAAUAUAUCCAUGGACAGAAUCAAAGAGGAAACAAGUACGCCAGAGAAGUCCAGUGAUAAGAUAGAGCAUAGCAUGCAUCCAGAACUACAGAAGUAUAACCGUGAGACUGAUUCAACUCUCGCCAAAUCCAGACAGGAUGGGAGACAGAAUCUCUUCAGGGUUUACCCUCAUAUGAACAGGUGUGUGAUGGAUGAUGAGGAUGAAGAAGAAGACGGCGAUGAGAUCGCUGUUUAUCCUCCACAAUACCGCGAGCGAUUCAUGCUGCGGUUACUGGAUUUCAAACUCAAACUCCAAUUUAACCUUGGAGAUGAGUUGAAGUGUGGAAACAAAUUGGUUAAUCCUGAGCCGUUCUUUUUGACGUUCUGUCUUUAUGAUGCUAAAGAGGGAAGGAAGAUAUCCGAGGAUUUCCACAUGGACCCUAACGACCCCCAGAUCAAAGACAUGAUUCCCUCAGAUGUUCUCCAUGCCUCCGAUCGACUACAUACAGUGGAGGGCAAGACCUCCUCUCCAGACCUCAGGGGACUGGAUGAAAAGUGGAUCCUAGCUCAGAACAGACAGGGUGUGUUUUCCGUAAUAUGCUGCCACUCUGAGGUUUACCUGUUUGUAAGGAUAGAAAAGGUCUUACAGGGUCCACUCUCCCAGGCCACAGACACGUACCUCAAGGUCGGUGAGGCUGGGCGUACAGCCGCAAAACAGUAUAAACAAAUGAAACAGCUGUGCAAUAACAUUGGUCAUUACAGAAUGCCAUUUGGUUGGGCGGCAAGACAACUUGUGUCAUCUAAUUAUGGUCCGUCUGAACUCAAGAUCUACAGACAUGAGGGGUCGAAACUAUCCGAGGAAGAUAUCAUCAAACAUCUACAAGAUCUCAGAAAACCAGAAAAACAGGGAAAACUACAGGAAAUUCCUGCUACGUUUAAAAUCAGUCUCCAUAAACUUGCGUUGGAACAGCCUCUCUCAAAUUCCUUGACAACAUCGCUGAUGCCGGUGAAACCAUUUCCAGUGCCUCCCCCAGACCCGCCUGCGAUAGAGAUUGACGAGUUUGUGCCAGAUAAGGGUCACUUGUGUGACACGUUUGACAGUUACAAAAAUAAUCUCUUUGUCUACCCAGUGUGUCUCAAGUAUGAACAUCAGAAAUCCUUCCCCAAGGCUCGGAACAUUUCUUGUUGUGUGGAAGUGCGUGAUUCUGAUGAGGAUGGUACUCUUCCUUUAAAGUGUAUCUAUGCACGGCCGGAGGUUGGAGUUUACACGACGGUGUCCAGCACUGCCAUUCUACAUCAUCAGACAAUGCCAGACUAUUUGGAGGAGAUGAAGAUAGCCCUACCGAUACAGCUAACAGACAGACAUCAUCUACUCUUCCGAUUCUACCACGUCAGCUGUGAGGGGUCAAAGUCCAGUAUUCGAUCAUCAAAUACCUCACAGAAAAAGAAGGACAACAUAGAAAGCCCUGUGGGAUAUGCUUGUCUGCCUAUUCUGGCCAGUGGAAGGGUGGCGGUGGGAGAACAGACACUGCCCGUCACAGUGAACCUACCUCCAGGUUACCUGUCACACGAGGCCAUGGGAGGAACACGUGGGUCAUCUGGUCCUGACCUGAAGUUUGUUGAUGGCGGAAAAUGCAUCUUUAAGAUAAAAGUUCAUCUCAUGUCUACAGUUUAUACCAAGGACCAACAUCUACAUAAUUUUUUCUAUCACUGCCAGAAGAUGGAGAACUCCUUAUCUACAGGGGUUGACCAUGAAAGUCUCAACAAACUCAAGUCUCUCCAUGCCUCCGACGUCAGUACGUAUGUUAAAUUCCUGCCAACGAUUCUCAACCAGUUAUUUUCCCUCCUGUCCAAGACGGAGUGUGAAGAUGUAGCAGUCAACGUGGUCAAAGUCUUGGUACACAUUGUGUCUGAAGUAAAUACAGCUGAAAGAAUCAAGACACUUAGAAAUUACGUCAAAUAUGUGUUCAAACCUGGACAUGUUCCCCGGGGAAGUAAACAGAGAACUGUCCAUGAGGAGUUGGCUAAGAACUUGACCCAGAUCCUCCAGCCGUCCAUGGCGGACCACUUAGUGGUCACCAAGUUUCUACAACACUCCUGGUUCUUCUUUGAAACCCUCAUCAAGAGUAUGACCACGUACCUCAUAGAUUCCGACAGAAUUAAGAUGCCGAGGAAUGAGCGAUUCAGUAGUGACUAUCAGUUCCGUAUUGAGAGACUUCUCCAGACCCUGGCGCCCAACAUCACCCACAAACACCGAGAGAUGCCUCGGGAGACCAAGAGUGCCAACCUCAGUCUCGCCAACUUUGUCAAGAUGUGUUUUACCCUGAUGGACCGAGGGUUUGUGUUCAGACUAAUCAGCAGCUACCUGGAGAACUUUGGUCCCGGUGACUCUAAGACGCUGCAGGAAUGCAAGUUUGAUUUCCUGAGGACGGUCUGUAGUCAUGAGCACUAUGUUCCUUUGUCUCUUCCUCUUAUGAGGAAAGGAAUGAUCAAGACAUUCAAAGACAUCAAACUGGAAGAUCUAAAAUGUGACUAUACCCUCUCUGAGGAAUACCGGAAACAGCACUACCUGGCAGGCCUGAUACUGCAGGAGCUGAAGAUGGCGCUUAGUGAGCCGCGCGAAAUACGUCGUAUAGCGAUCACAGUCCUCCGUGACCAGCUCGCCAAACAUUCGUUUGAUGACCGCUACCUUUCUAAGACCCAGCAGGGGAGGAUCGCAGCCCUGUAUCUGCCCCUUAUAUCGAUCCUCAUGGAUCAGAAACGCCACCUGAUGGAUGACCCCAUGAACCCUUCCGUGCCCCCACCUCCUGUUACUAAUGGUGAUGUAUCAGGAAGUACCAAGGCUGACCUGCGGUCACACACUUCUCAGUCUGGACAGAAAACUGUCACUUUUGACCAGCGCGACUCCAAGGUGUUUGCUAUGAUAGCUGGAACUGCAGGUACCCCUGUUUUGAGUUCAGUACCUGAUCUUAAGAACCACCUAAGUGGAUCCAACAGCUCACUGACCAGUAGUACAUCGUCGAUGGAUCGAUCAGAGAAAGAUGGCAGUAAAAAAUCAGAUCCUGGACGAGACAAGAAAGGUGACAAAGGACACACACGUGUUCACUCAUCUGGGUCAACUGUUGGGACAGAAAAGGGGUCAGCUCCAUCCCCUAAACCGUCUUCCAUGAUGCUGAAAUACCAGCGAUUGGACAUCAUAGAAAUCAAAGACCUCCUACUGUGUUUCCUGUAUAUCCUCAAACAUCUGCCAGAUGAUAUCCUCCUUGGUUGGUUCAAUAAUUCAUCUGAGUUUGACAUCAUUGACUUCUUUAGUAUUCUCGAGGUUUGUUUAACUCACUUUAAAUACCAAGGAAGGAAGAAGAUCCACGACCUCAGUGUGAUUGGAGACAGCAGGAAGGCGUCUACAAUGCCCUACGCUCGACGAUCUACUCCCAGUGUUGUCAGCAGCAACUUCCAGCUCCGCACUGUCAGCCAGUACGGAGAUAUCCAAGAUAGCCCACAUCAUGGUGGAAUGUCCUCGGAUGCUGAUGCAGUGAUGAAAGCACUGCAGGAGGCCAACAUGACGACAGAAAUUGGCCUCAUCUUUCUAGAUCUACUCAGUACAUACUGCCAAACUUUCAAGAGAAAUUUGGAACACAAAGAUGGAGACAAUAGUUUAAUGAGAAAGAUCUUCAGUCUCUACCUGUCAUUCUUACAAACCAGCCAAUCAGAACAUCUCCAGAAACAUGUGUUCGCUGCCUGGCGCUCGUUUAUUAAAAAGUUCCCGUCAGUGUUAUUCCGGGGACAAGCCAGUCUUUGUGGCGACCUUUGUUAUGAGAUUUUACGAUGCUGUAACUCGAAACUCUACACCACGCGGAAGGAAGCAUGUGCUCUGCUUUACCUCCUGAUGAGGGCCAACUUUGAGUACACAAAGAAGAAAAGCUUCACCCGUGUCCAUUUACAGGUGAUAAUUUCUGUGUCGAAACUCCUAGGAGAUGAUGUUGGCCUCAGCAACUCACGUUUCCAGGAAAGCCUGGCGAUGGUGAACAGCUACGCAUCCAGUGACCGAGCCAUGCAGGGUGAUGGAAAAGGUCGGAAACGUGGACAAAGGCCAGAGAAAAGCGGAUUCCCAGCGGAAGUAAAAGAUCUGACCAAACGAAUCAGGACAGUGCUCAUGGCGACCGCCCAGAUGAGAGAGCAUGAGAACGACCCUGAAAUGCUGAUAGAUUUACAGAACAGUUUAGCCAAAUCAUACGCCAGUACACCUGAGCUUCGGAAAACGUGGCUCGACUCCAUGGCAAAAAUCCACUAUAGAAAUUUAAAUUACUCCGAGGCAGCUCAUUGCUAUAUCCAUAUAGCCGCCCUGAUAGCUGAAUACCUGAGGCGUAGAGCUGCAAUAGCCUGUAUAUCUGGGGAAGUUUUAUGGACAGCGGGUUCUUUCCCUCAGGGUUGUGCUGCAUUUAAGACAAUCUCUCCAAACAUAGAACUGGAGGAAUCAGGGAUCAAGGAUGACUCAGGGAUGCAGGAUGUCCAAUAUACAGAGGAGACCAUGGUUCAGUUCCUGGAACAAGCUGCAAAUGCCAUGGAGCUGGCAGAACGAUAUGAAAUCCUAGGGGAAAUCUACCGAUUGAUCAUACCGAUUUAUGAAUUCUCACGUGACUAUGAGCGUCUGUCCACAGGAUAUAGUCACUUGGCCCAGGCGUACAGGCAGGUUGUUGAGGUGACGAUAUCGGGUAGACGCCUCCUCGGCAAGUACUUCAGGGUAGCCUUCUAUGGCCAGUCUUACUUUGACGAGGAAGACGGUAAGGAAUACCUUUACAAGGAACCCAAAGUCACCAGUCUGGCCGAGAUUUGUGAACGUCUCGAAAAGAUGUAUGGCGAGAAAUAUGGUCAUGACAACGUAAAACUUAUCAAAGAUUCCAAAAAGGUAAACCCUGCAGAACUCGACACAAAGUUUGCCUACAUACAGGUGAUACAUGUGACUCCAUACUUCGAGGAAAAGGAACUACAACGUCGUGUUACCGAGUUUGAGAAAAACAACAAUAUAAAACGAUUUAUGUUUGAGACCCCAUUCACAAAGAAUGGGAAAGCUCAUGGUGAAAUUCAUGAACAGUGUAAACGGAGGACGAUACUCACAACCUCUCAUGCAUUCCCGUUUGUAAAGAAAAGGAUCGAGAUUGUGGAUCGUAAGGAGAUGGUUCUGACUCCGAUUGAGGUAGCAAUCGACCAAAUGCAAUCUAAAGUCCUCGACAUGAGGGAAGUGGUGAACUUGUCACGGCCCGACUCGAAAAAACUACAACUUCGCCUUCAGGGCAGUGUCAGUGCCCAGGUAAAUGCGGGACCGUUGGCCUACGCCCAGGCCUUCCUGGGUAAAGACAAGAUCACUUCCUUCCCUAUUGACCAUGUGGACUCACUCAAGGAUGUCUUUAGGGAGUUCGUAGGUGUGUGUAAUGAUGCGCUCGAUCUCAACAUGACGUUGAUAACAACGGAACAGAAGGAAUACCACGAGUCUCUGUGUGCUGGCUUCCAGGAAAUCGUCACAAAACUUUCCGAGUUAUUUGGAGAAAAGAUCCUGACCUCCACUGAAGCGGGAUCACUGUCACAGCGUGGGUCCAUGACAGUGUUUAACAUUGUCAGCACAACUUCCUCCACCAGUUCAGCAUGACUAAGGAUCUGUUACCAUGACAAGAAACGUAACCAUCCACAUCGGGGAUCAAGUUCCACUUAACUGAGUUCAUCACGAGAAAGUCAUUCCCACUGAACAUUUUGAUGGAUGGUGGUACAUUAAUGAGAUGAAUUUGAAGAGCUGGGAACGACUCCUAAAUACUGGAUAUCUGUUAAAUAAAGGCGGUGAACUACUUACGUAAACUUAUUUAAAUGCCAGCUUGUACCUGUGUGGUUAAAAAAAAAUGAUUAAAACAAGAUGAUGAAGGUUUUGCAUUCUUGGUGCAGACACAAAUUUUAUUUUGGAACAAUUGUAAAGUUUGUGAUGUCAGAACAGGGAAAAAGAUAUUUCCACUGACGGCCAAUGAAAAGACACUCUUUAAUCAUGUUUGAAUAAGGAACAAAGAAUUAGAAAAUAGAAUAAUAGAAUGAAAUAGAAAAGUUGGGCCAGCCAAUCAAAUUGUAGCUUACUAACAGAACUAACCAAUCAGAUGUAUGAAUACAGUACACUAGAGUACAGGUGUGGUUGUCAUGGUAACAGGAUUUGAAAACAUUUUAAAGCUAAUUAGAUGUUGUAAUCAGUAUGUGACUGGCUUUGAUGUUUGCAAAUAUUGUUGGCUUGAACUGUUGUGGCAGGUGUUGAGUAUGUGUUUAUGUAUGCAUGAGUGGACCUAUAGAUGUAAUUGUCAUAAAGAAUAUAUUUGUAUGUUGCUUUUGUCUACAAUAAAGAAAGGAGUGAAUUCAAUGGUGUAACUGAUCCCAGAUUAAACUACCUGCAUUUUUUUUAAAAAACUUCUGAUUAAUCUUUCUUUUCUUUUUUUUUCUUUUUUUUUUCUCCGCUGUACACUUAUUUCCUGUGUUCGAAAUUUACUGCUGAACUACAAUUUUUGUAAUGAUCCACUUUUUGUAAGCACAUUUUUUGUUGGACCAAUUGGUUGAAAAAUGACAUCUUGUAUUUUGAACCCUUCACUGAUUUUCUCUUGGAUGGUUGUAAGAGACGUCUCUAAAAAUUAGAAAAUGUAAAAUUUUUGUGUUCCAUUUUUUCUGCACUUGUUAAAACAGAUCAACUUGGAAUAUUUUGAUUUUGUGCACAGUCCAAUUUCUGUCCUCCAGAUUUUUCCAGUAUUUCCCCGGGAUAUGUGUCAUUUUUUCUGAUACCUCCCUACUGGCCACUGACAGCUGAUAAUCAAAAUGUCUUUGGAACUAGUUUUAAAAUUUAAAUUGUGUUUGUUAUAAGUUGCUGCACAUGUAUUUAAUGCAAUCUGUUUUUGAUCAGUAUACCAUGUCAGACUUUUACCUCAACCUUUGAAUUACUCAAUCAAUGUGAUAGCACAAUUUUCUCCAUAAUUCUAUCUCUUAUUACUUAGAUGUAGUUGCCUCCUCUAGCUGUUCUGAUGCUGUAGCACCAGUUACAUACAGAAUGGAACAGAUUUACUUUCCAUUAGACUGACCAGACUGUUCCUUUUUAUUUCAAACAGUUUUAUCGAUCUGCAGAAAUAUGUAUAAAAGAAUAUGCUUUAUAGUUUUGUACAUACAAGAGUUGUCUACCCUUUUUGUAGUUAGAGUAACAGUGCACUUUUCAAUAAUUGAUAAAAGAAAAGAAAAAUCCAAUUUUUUGAGAAAAUUCAGUAAUGUGAAAUAUUGUUUGUUUUGCACAGUAACAUUCUCAUUAAUGAGUAAAAAAUGUUUUUGUUGGUAAAAUCAUUGUAUGACUUAAUCAUCAUAUAUGGAUGCUCAUUAAAUUUCCAUGUAAAACCUUAGAUCUUAAUGACAGAACAAUAUUACCUAUACUUGUAUGCUGUUAUAUUGUAUGGUGCUGUUUUUGUAGUUAUAAUACUGUCAAGUAAAUCCAUAUGAAAGCUCCCCCAACACUCUAUCCAGGAGCUCCUGGUCUCUCUGAACAGGUCAGCUUUCCAUCACUCUGUCCAGUAGCUCCCAGUCACUCGAUCCUGGAGCUCAAGGGGCUAUAUCAGAGCUGUACAGUCAUCCACCACAAAGACUCAUUUGCUCCCCACCACAGAUUUACUCAAUAUUGUUAUCUGUCGUUAUUCCCAGUUACCAGGUCUCUGUUCCAUCAGAUUUCACUUGUGAUUAACAUCAAGUUUUAUUUGUCAGGGGGAAGUGUGACAUCAUCAGAUAUUGUGAUGGAAGUAGACCACUUCAGACCUCCCUGGUCUAACGAGAAAUGUUCCCAUUCGUAGUGACAGAUCUUUACAGCUAUUUUAGUCUUGUAUUGUGAAAAUAAACAUUCAGAAUUUACAGAAAAUCUGCCAUAAUAUUGAUAUGCAUACUGUAAACUGACCUAUUGUCUGUCAGUUUGUAUGUGGUAUACCUGUUGGGUGUGUACCUGACUGAAUCCCCUUACGUCUGUACCUGACUGAAUCCCCUUACGUCUGUACCUGACUGAACCCCCUUACAUCUGUACCUGACUGAAUCCCCUUACCUCUGUACCUGACUGAAUCCCCUUACGUCUGUACCUGACUGAAUCCCCUUACGUCUGUACCUGACUGAAUCCCCUUACCUCUGUACCUGACUGAAUCCCCUUACAUCUCUACCUGACUGAAUCCCCUUACCUCUGUUCCUGACUGAAUCCCCUUACCUCUGUACCUGACUGAAUCCCCUUACAUCUGUACCUGACUGAAUCCCCUUACCUCUGUACCUGACUGAAUCCCCUUACCUCUGUACCUGACUGAAUCCCCUUACCUCUGUACCAGACUGAAUCCCCUUACCUCUGUACCUGACUGAAUCCCCUUACAUCUCUACCUGACUGAAUCCCCUUACCUCUGUUCCUGACUGAAUCCCCUUACCUCUGUACCUGACUGAAUCCCCUUACAUCUCUACCUGACUGAAUCCCCUUACCUCUGUACCUGACUGAAUCCCCUUACCUCUGUUCCUGACUGAAUCCCCUUACCUCUGUACCUGACUGAAUCCCCUUACGUCUGUACCUGACUGAAUCCCCUUACCUCUGUACCUGACUGAACCCCCUUACCUCUGUACCUGACUGAAUCCCCUUACCUCUGUACCUGACUGAAUCCCCUUAUGUCUGUACCUGACUGAAUCCCCUUACGUCCGUACCUGACUGAAUCCCCUUACCUCUGUACCUGACUGAAUUCCCUUACCUUGCUUUUACUAGAAAUACUUCUAUGUUGGACGUUUUCUGUGUUUGAAUGAAGCAGUUGAUAGAAACAAAUUGUCUUCCAUGUUCAUUACUAAAUAUCUCUCAGGCCCUGAAUCUGUAUUACAGAGCAUCACACAGGCCCUGAAUCUGUAUUACAAAGCAUCACAUGUACACAUGCCUUGUAUUACAGAUUAUCAUAGAUGCCAUAUAUAUUUUACACUACAUCAUUUAGGCCCUGAAUCUGUAUUUCAGAACAGCAAACAGGCUAUAGAUACAGAAUCUGUAUCACAUUUAGCCUCUCACAGGCCCUGAUUAUGUAUCAUUUAAGAGCAUCACAUACAGGCCCUGAAUAUGUAUUUCAGAGUAUCAAACUCUAGGUUCUUCAACCAACCGUGGUUUAUGCUUUCUGGAAAACGACCAACCUUUUUUAGCCCAUAUUCCUUGGUAUGAUCUGUGAUUUUAAAGAAUUUGGUUCUUCAGAACGGUCAUUUACUAUUGCAAUGGUUUGUUCCUCGGAACAGGCAUUGACAAUAUAUAACAAUGGUUUGUCCCUCAGAAUGGUUGGUGACAAUAUAUAACAAUGGUUUGUCCCUCAGAAUGGUUGGUGACAAUAUAUAACAGUGGUUUGUCCCUCAGAAUGGUUGGUGACAAUAUAUAACAGUGGUUUGUCCCUCAGAAUGGUUGGUGACAAUAUACAAAUGUAUAACAAUGGUUUGUCCCUCAGAACAGUUGGUGACAAUAUAUGACAAUGGUUUGUCCCUCAGAACAGUCGGUGACAAUAGAUAACAAUGGUUUGUCCCUCAGAACAGUCGGUGACAAUAUAUAACAAUGGUUUGUCCCUCAGAAUGGUUGGUGAUAAUAGAUAACAAUGGUUUGUCCCUCAGAACAGUCGGUGACAAUAUAUAACAAUGGUUUGUCCCUCAGAAUGGUUGGUGACAAUAUAUAACAGUGGUUUGUCCCUCAGAAUGGUUGGUGACAAUAUAUAACAAUGGUUUGUCCCUCAGAAUGGUUGGUGACAAUAUAUAACAGUGGUUUGUCCCUCAGAAUGGUUGGUGACAAUAUAUAACAAUGGUUUGUCCCUCAGAACAGUCGGUGACAAUAGACAUGUAUAACAAUGGUUUGUCCCUCAGAAUGGUUGGGUUGAUGACAAUAUAUAACAAUGGUUUGUCCCUCAGAAUGGUUGGUGACAAUAUAUAACAGUGGUUUGUCCCUCAGAAUGGUUGGUGACAAUAUAUAACAAUGGUUUGUCCCUCAGAACAGUCGGUGACAAUAGACAUGUAUAACAAUGGUUUGUCCCUCAGAAUGGUUGGUGACAAUAUACAUGUAUAACAAAAGUUUGUCCCUCAGAAUGGUUGGUGACAAUAUAUAACAAUGGUUUGUCUCUCAGAACAAUCGGUGACAAUAUACAAUGUACAUGUAUGACAACGGUUUGUCCCUCAGAGCAGUAGGUGACAAUAUAUAUCAAUGGUUAGUCCCUCAGAAUGGUUGGGUUGAUGACAAUAUAUAACAAUGGUUUGUCCCUCAGAAUGGUUGGGUUGAUGACAAUAUAUAACAAUAGAAUAUAAACAAUGGUUGUAUUGUAGGUGAUGCUAUAGCCUUUUGUAUUUGAUGUGCCUUUUAUCAGUAAAACAAACUUUGUAGCUUGAAAUCAUAAGUCAGAUUAUAAAAUUGAUAAAUCAAUCAUUUACCCUUUUUGUACAUAUACCAUGUGUUUCUCAAUAGGUCCAAUGUUGUCUGCAAUCUCAAAAAUCUAAUAUUCUUUUGCUUGUAUAACUUGACAGUCCAAUAUCUAUUUACUAGGUGAUCACAAUUUGUGAUUUUCUGGGUUUUUUAAACCCUGGCUGAUAUUAUACAUGGCAAAUACAUAUUGUGAAUUUAUUACUAAUGUGAAAAUUAACUAUUCGUAAAAGUUGAUAUUACUGCAUGGUUCUAGCCUGGAUGAGCUUUUGUCAUGACGACUGAUAUUUUCUUUAAUGUUUAUGUAAGUCAUCAUGACAACUUCUGACAGAUUAUAGAGGAUUGCCAAUGCAGGUUGAUUUAACCGAGAAUUAAGUAGUUUUUGGGUCAUAAGCUUAAAAAGCUGUUGUGUUUUGGGCAAAAAAACAGAUAGAAAUGAUGAUUACUUUAACAGAGACACAUAUUUGAUGAUGCUGGUUUAGGGUGAUACAAUUUAACAGACACAUUUGAUGAUGCUGGUUUAGGGUGAUACAAUUUUAAAUGUUCAGCUGAUACUGUAUUCCGGUGAAGAAAUUGUGUUAUGUAGGUUCUAGAUCUAUAUCUUUAUCGUUUUAUACUAUUUACGUUUAUGCAAACUAAUAUCUUACACUGAAAUUGGUGUCAUAUAAAUACUUGUGAUUUUAAAUAAGUUGUACAUUAUUUCUUUUUCCUCUCCAUAAGGUUGAGCUUUUUUAAAACUGUGAUUACUAAUACUUAAAUGUCAUAUACAUGAUGGUGGAAUAUUGUCUAAUAUAACUUAUACAAACCUGACAUAUAAAGACAACUUCUUACUAUCAAUUUGUCUCUAUCUCCUUACUUUACAAAAUAUACCUAGCUUGAUAUACUUUUUCAAAUUUUGCAAAAUUGUUGUAAUUCAAGACAAAAUUAAUGUAAUUCAGAAUGAUUACCAGAAGCUAAAAGUGAAAACCAUGUUAGAAAUAUUGUUAAUUCCAAUAUUUUCUCAAAAUAGAUUUUUGGAAAAUUCCUAAUACAUAAUUGAUUGAUAUAAGAUUGUGUCACGCCCAUGAGGCCAGUUUUGCUUCUCAGCUGAAAGACUGUAAGGCCAUAAUAUCGGAUGUAAAGCCUUUUAAAUAGAUAAAUAAAUAUAUAAGUAAAUAAUAGAUAAAUAAAUAAACCAUGUCAGGUUGUUAUUUUCUCAGAUUAAGCUUUAGAAUCCUAGAAAGGGCAUGUAUACAAGGUUACAAGAUAUGACUUUGAUAUUUUAUAAAGAUUUAAUGGGAUAUUUCAAAAAAUAUUUCACCACCAUAAAUCUUUGUUUAAAGUAUAAAAAUGUAACAUUAUAAGAGUAAAAUAUAAUCAGAUCUGGAAAUGAUAUUCAAGAAAUAAUAUUAUGUAAUAUGGAUAUUCAUGAGCAUGGUUUGUUGUAUGAAUAUUCAUAUUUAGUAACUAUGUUGAGUGAUAUGAAACUUAAUGAUUUAAUGAAUGUGAACACAAAUUUUGCCGAUGGAAAAAGUAUGUAGAAUCAGUUAUAUUUAGAUCCAUUUCAAAGAUUCCUUGAAUCUAUAUGUGGAAUGAAUUUUCAUCCUAACCAGGGUUAAAGGUUAAAUGAUAGGUCAUAUGUAAAUCUGAAAGUCAAAAGAAUCUAUCAAAUGCUUAUCAAUAACAACAAGUAAGAGUAUAUAUAAUACAAAUGUAUGAACAUCUAUAAGGUCAAAGGUCGAAUCAUAUGAAAAGGUUAGAAGAAAGCUACAUGUAGACCUUGUCCCCUGGAAAAGGUCACGAGAGAAAGUCAUACUAAUACAUAUACAUUAGGUAAUAUUGAUCAUGAAUAUUCAGUGAGUUUUUUCAUUUUCAAUAUUAGUAUGCGAAAAGAACAAAUAAUAGAUUCAAAUACAUUGUAACUGGAACACAGUUGCCAUGAAAACAAGUGUUCAGGAUAUUUUUGAUUUAUAAACAUUUGUGUUUAUGUAGAUCAGAAAGGUCAAAUAUUAAUAUUUUCAAAAUUCAAGAGGUCAUUGUUCAUACAUAUUCAUAAUGGUAAGAUACCAGUUGAAGAAUUUCAAGAGUUCAGGCUUCAUGUAUCCAUCAUGCUUCAUGUAUCUCUCUCAUUAGAAUAUUCUAAUAUCUUGCAAUAUCAGUCUAACAGGCAAUAUGUUAAUUAGUCUGUAUUCAUAUCAUUUAAAUAUUUAAAUAAUUGUGUGAACUUGUGUAGUAAAAUGGAUAUUUUUUAAGGUUAUAGAAGUGUCAGUUCCUAAAAGGUAGAAACUUGUUGUUUAAUUAUAGUGGUUGGUGUGACAGUUUAACAAUUUGGAUUGAAACACGGUUUUACUUAUAUUAUUGAUAGAUUGUGUGAUUAUUAUGGUUUGUUACAUGUAUUAAAUUAUUACGUUGUGUAUAUUUACGUUAAUUAUCUUGAGCUGUAUAGAUUGAAGAGUUUUUAUAUAUUUGCCAUGUAUGGUUGUACUUGACCAUACCUGGUGUUAUCGAGUCGGUAUGACGACCGACUGACUUCUGGUGCAUAUCUGUCCUAUUGUAUCUUCACCAUCUUUAUCAUUACUCUAUAUUAUACAAUAUAUUUGUCUCCGCUUCCAUUGGCCACAUCUUUAUGACAUUGCAUUAGGUUAGGGAGAAAUAUGGGGUCGGGGUUAAGGGAAGUCGAGAUUGAGGAAAACAUUUUAUAGUAGGAAACAAAAAAGUUACAGGGUACAUCUCCAAAACAUCAGCGAAUUAUGUAUCAAUAUACCAAAUCAAAUUUGAGUUAAGGAUAUCUACUAUACAUUUGCCUGCGAUCAUUGUUAAGGGUAUAUGCUACAUUAUAGCUUUGAUUUGCAUCAAGUUAUCUCCCUUAUUUUCAAAACAAAAUUGUGGUAGUUUCAAAAUCUUUCUCAGGAAAAUAGUUUUUUUUCAUUAUCAAGGGGCCAGUACAAAUUUAUUCCCAGGACAAAUUAAUAGAGAUAAAUUUUUGAUAGACGAUUUACUGUAGCAAAUGGUCAAAGUAUAUCAAGAAAUAUAUGAAAUAGAUUUAAAAAGAAGAUUUUGUACUCCGUAAGCCUGAUGCAUUGUCUUAAAGACAUAUCUUUGUGAUAAGUAUAUUAUGCAUUAAUAAUAAAUAAAAUAUGAAGUAAUCUU